GGCGAUUGAUAACUAGUUGACGAAGACGUUCUAUUGAGUAUACAGCUGUUAGUUCAUGAGGAGAAAUGGACACUUUUAUGAAUAAGGAGUUACACGAAGGACACGAGAUAAUGAAAAGUGAUCACAUGAAUCAUAUGAACCACUUGAACCAUACAUACCGCUUACACCAGCUCGAUUUUAUUGAUAAUAUGGAAAACAUGAAUAUUACGGACCCUGAGGUCUAUUUGAACAAUACAGAUUAUCUGAACAAGACGGAAAAUAUAAACCGUACAGGAUACGGCCAAUAUGUUAUGAAGAUGGAUAUGUAUUUCACAUUUUCUUCAACUGCAACAGUACUUUUCAAGGAGUGGAACUUUACAACUUUGGGAGGUUUAAUUCUGUCUAUGAUUGCCGUAUUUAUUAUGGCCGCUGCGUACGAAGGUCUCAAAUAUUUCAGAGAAUAUCUAUUUUGGAAGGCUUACAUCUUGCAACAUAGAAAAGCUUCUGCUAAAGACCCACAACCUAUUCAAAUGGUUGGCAGAGAGAUACGCCAAGAACCAAUGGUUAGCGGAACGGCUCGCGAAGAAACAAGAGUUAGCGUAGGAAUUCGUACUGGAUCAAUGGUUAGCGGAGACAUACGCAAAGAACUAAUGGUUGACGGGGAAAUACCAAAAGAUCCAAUGGUUCAAGAAGAAUCUAGGAAAGACCCGAAGAUGGGCAGAGAAGCAAAGGUUGGGAGAAUCAUACGCCAAGAACCACUCACGAUGAUUAGCGGAAUACAUUUCCUUCAAACAUUUUUACACAUGGUUCAAGUCGUUCUAUCCUACUUUUUGAUGUUAAUAUUCAUGACCUAUAAUGCCUGGCUAUGCAUAGCUAUCAUUUUCGGUGCUGGAAUAGGAUAUCUUCUAUUUGGUUGGAAAAAGUCACCUGCUGUUAAUGUUACCGAGCAUUGUCAGUAGAAUGACAUACUUAUAAUAAUAUUAAAAAUAUUAUAAAUCUUAAUAUUUAGUAUAAUCAAUUUUCCGUUGAUUAUUUUAUAAUUGAUAUUUUGAACAAAUGACAUGAGAAUUAUUGUUAUAUGGAAAGAGACAUUUAAUAAACAAUUGCAUAUA